AUGGCUGGCCUCGCCGCCGCGCUCCGCCGCGCGGCGGUGGCGGGCUGUGUCCUCCUGCGCGCCGCGGGCGCGGGGGGUGCUCUGCGGGGCGGCGCGGCCGUGCGGGGGCUGCUCGACGGCACCUUCGUCGCCAACUUCGUCACGGGGCAGAUGGAGGACGUCGCGUGGCACGACACCACCGGCGUGGCCAUCGAGUCGGUCGUCAGGGGAAUGAUCUCCGUCACGGGCACCUUCUCCGCCUCCCAGGCGUCCUCUUUGACCGGCCACCUGACGGAUAUGGUCAUGCAGAUGUCCGGCCUCCCGGGGCUCCUGUUCGAGACGACCCUUCAGGGGCCGGGUAUGUUGGAGUAUACGUUUCUGCUGCUGCCAGACGACGCAAGCGAAGCGAACGCGCUGGUGAGUGCCUUUUUUCAGUCGUGGACUCCGGGAACGCUGUUGAGCAAGCUUACGUUGAACAAGGACGCAGACGCUUCGUUGGGAGGAGUUUCGCUGACCCAGGCCAAGCUGGAUACCAUCCAGCAGGCCUUCCAGCUCGCUCUGACCCCAGAGCCCACGCUCACGUCUUUGACGACCACACGGUCAACAGUGACAGCGACAACAACCACGGUGACGAUCUUCACGGGAGAAGCGACAGUGACGGCGUCAAUGACGUUGACAGCAGUUUCAGAUGCGACGACGACGACGACGAUCCAUACCACGACGUCCUCCCACGCCACGGCCACGGUGCCUCCCACGACGUCGACCACUUCAGCACCCAUAAACACAGCGAGCUCAGUCAGCGCAACGCACGCCAGUACCACCACCACGGUAGCCUCCAGCAGAGGCAGCACCACAGGAGCGAACGCUGUCAGCAACGCGGCGCUGGACACGUCGAGCGCGGGAAGCGGUGAUGUCGAGACCGUCCUGACCUACGUGCUGUGUGGUGCCAGCUUUGCCGUCCUGAUCGCCUGCGCUGGAGCGGCGCUCGUGCGGUGCCAGAGCCUGCCGUCGGAGGAGCUCCACGCGCGCCUCGGCCCGCCCCGGCCCAUCCGCGUGUUCCGGGCCCCGAUCCAGCGCGUGAACACCGUGGUCUCCGCGCGCUCGUGCGAGAGCCCCAAGGCGAGGGGGCGCUCGAGGUCCUCCCCGACGUGCUCCUGCUCCCUCGACACCUUCUUCGGCCAGCCGCUGCCCGGCGUGUCCCCAGACAUGCGACGUCCUGAUUUUUUCAGGACGGCGCCCCCAGAAGUCCCGACCCUUUCCCCGGGGCCGGUUUUUCGCCCUGCCUCGUUUUCUGACGGCCCCGAGGCCCGGCGAGGGCCCCCUGGGGCCGAAACUAGCGAAAAACCUCCCGUCCUGAUUUUUUUACGACGCCAUCAUGUCUGGGUCCUCCCUCCUCCGGGAGCUCGCCGCGGCGGCCGAGGUCGGCGCGCGGGCCCCGGGCCGGGCCUCGCUCCAGGCCAGCGCCCGCUGCGCGUCGCCGGCGCCCGCGCCGCCGCGCGCGGCGCCGGGGGGCGCCGGCGCCGCGGGCCUGCCGGGAGCCGUGGGGGCUCCGUGAGGGUCGGCGGGGGGCCUCUAAACCUAAACACGCUGAUGGGUCCUCUACGUCGGCUUGUCAUUGACCUUGGCUAUGAGAGGCAUUAUCGGUGCUCCUUUCGAGCAUCAGCCCGCUCUCUCGGCGGAGGGCCCUGGGCGUUUUUUUCUGUCCGACCGACCAGCAGCUGCAGCCCCGCCCAGGAGGUGCACGCGCUGGUCCCGGCGCGGCAGUUGGGCAGGCGAAGGUUGUUUUCCAAUCAUGCGCUGCGCACCUGUGCAGUCACUUCUGUGGGCCGUCUGCCUACGGCACGGUGGCGAAUUAACAACAACUGCGCGUUUUUGUUCGCGCCGCGCUGUAGUGCAUCAUGUGCAUCAUGUCCAGCCUGUGCAACCAUGAGCACGACUGUGCACAGUCACGAGUGCAGAUAG